AUGCUUUCGGAAAAGGCUGUCAUGACCCUUCCUCUGCGAAACAAACUUGAGAUAAUAGUAGGUGAUGUCAUCAAAGCCACGAAAUGGCCCAAGUUUGACCUAUGCGUAGCCAACUUGCCCUACCAGAUCUCCUCGCCCUUCAUUGGUCGACUGAUCAGUGCGGAGAAUCAUUUUCGAGCUGCCGUUGUUAUGCUGCAGAAGGAGUUUGCCGAUCGACUGCUCGCCGCACCCGGCUCCAAAAUCUACUGCCGUCUUUCAGCCAACGCUCAGUUUCACUUCAAAAUUGCGCAGCUCAUUAAGUCUCUGCAGGCAGCGUUCAUCGACCUCAAGGUAGUCGGGCAAUGCGCCCAGCAAUGUGUCUUGAAGCCUUCUGUUUCGCUCGCCUUGGGCGUAGACGGAACCGACGGACUACGCUCUAACUGUUACGACUGGACCGAAACCGGCAGAGCCGAGGCCCAUCAGUGCGCAUUUUAG